AAAAGGUAUGAGAAGAUCCGACCCCUCCCUUGCCAACCGACACAGGGUCCGAAUUCGUUCCAAUUUGGCGCCAAUUCUCCAUUCGUCUGAGCGUAUCCCUUGCUUUCUCCAGUUCAGAGUAAACCCUAGUCAUGGCUUCGGUUCACUGGUUCAUGAAUGCAUGAAGGUUUCUGAGAAAACCAAAAAUUGAAGCUUUCUAUAUUGAAGCUUCAUAAUCGAAAAGAGUGUAGAAGCGACCAGUUCCCUUUUUGCAAUGGCUGAACCUCGUCGUAAGCGCCCCAAAAUUGCCAGGGGAGAAGAUGAUUUUAUGCCUGGAAGCAUUAUCGAGAUCGAGCUUUUUAAGUUUAUGACCUUUGACUACCUAAAAUGUAAACCUGGUCCUCGUCUGAAUCUUGUUAUUGGACCCAAUGGUUCUGGGAAGAGUUCUCUUGUUUGUGCCAUUGCACUUGGUCUGGGGGGUGAGCCUCAGCUGCUAGGACGAGCAACAAGUAUUGGAUCAUAUGUGAAGCGGGGAGAAGAAUCAGGUUGUAUUAAGAUUACAUUGAGAGGGGAUAGUAAAGAUAAGCAUAUCACUGUUAUUCGGAAAAUAACUACUAACAACAAGUCUGAAUGGUUGUUCAAUGGAAAAGUAGUGCCCAAAAAGGAUGUGAUGGAAGUCAUUCAACGGUUUAACAUCCAAGUUAAUAAUUUGACCCAAUUUUUACCCCAGGACAGGGUCUGUGAAUUUGCUAAAUUAACUCCUGUGCAACUUCUGGAGGAGACUGAAAAGGCUACUGGUGAUCCCCAACUUCCAAUCAUUCACCGUUCUCUUGUUGAUAAAAGCCGUGCAUUGAAGCAAAUUGAGCUGACAGUGACGAAAAAUGAAGAAACUUUGAAACAGCUAAAGGACCUUAAUGCUGAACUUGAGAAGGAUGUUGAACGUGUCCGUCAAAGGGAUGAACUACUUAAAAAGGUUGAGUCCAUGAAAAAGAAAGUGCCAUGGCUUAGAUAUGAUAUGAAGAAGGCUGAAUACUUGGAAGCUAAAGAACGUGAAAAUGAUGCUAAAAAGAAGAUGGAGGAAGCUGCAAAGAUUUUAAAUGAUCUGAAAGAACCUAUCGAGAAACAGAAAAAGAACAAGGCAGCAAUGGAUGCAACAUGUAAAAAGGUUGCCAGCCUUAUAAAUGGCAAUGCCAUGAAGCGAAUGGAACUUCUGGAGAAAGAAAACCAUCUGGGUGUGGAAUUACAAGGAAAAUACAAUGAAAUGGAAGACUUGAGGAGGCAGGAAGAAACUUGUCGGCAAAGAUUUUUAAAGGCUAAGGAGGAACUUGCUGCUGCUGAACGUGAACUGGAGAAUCUGCCUCAUUAUGAACCUCCAAAGGAAGAGAUUGAAAGACUAAAAGAUGAAAUUUUGAACUUGCAAAAUUCUGCAUCUCAAAAGAGGCUAGAGAAGUCAGAAACAGACAAAUUUUUAUAUCAGAAAAAGUCAUCAUUGGCACAGUGUAUAGACAGGUUGAGGGAGAUGGAUAGUAAAAAUACUAAGUGUUUGCAUGCGUUACGAGAUUCAGGGGCAGAGAAAGUAAUGGAAGCUUAUAAAUGGGUGCAAGAUAAUCGCCAUUUAUUCAAUAAGGAAGUUUAUGGUCCUGUACUGCUGGAGGUUAAUGUCGCAAAGCAGACUCAUGCUGCCUUCCUGGAGGGUCAUGUUCCUUAUUACAUCUGGAGGUCUUUCAUUACUCAAGAUUCUGGUGAUCGGGACCUUUUGGUAAAAAGUCUGAGCUCCUUUGAUGUUCCAGUAUUAAAUUAUACUGGUGAUGAUGGUAGUCAGAGAGAGCCAUUUCAAAUUUCUGAAGAUAUGCGUACUCUUGGUAUCUACUCACGUCUUGAUGAAGUUUUUGAUGCUCCCACAGCUGUUAAGGAGGUUUUGAUUGGACAGUUUGGUCUGGAUCAUUCAUAUAUUGGAACAAGAGAAACUGAUCAGAAGGCAGAUUGGGUCCAAAAAUUGGGCAUUUUUGACUUUUGGACUCCAGAUAAUCACUAUCGUUGGUCUAAAUCUAGAUAUGGGAAUCAUGUAUCAGGAGUUGUUGAACAAGUACAACGUUCGAGACUUCUUUCAUACAAUAUAGACGCUAGAGAAAUCGAGAAGCUGAGGUGUCACAGAAUGGACCUUGAAGAAUCUAUAGAAACCUUGGAAGCAACUUCUAAAGGAUUACAAGAUGAGGAGAGACGCCUAAGCAAUGAAGCAGCUAAUCUCCGCAGACAGCGGGAUGAAAUAAACACUACUGUGCUUAAAGAGAAGGAAAAGCGCCGGGAUAUCAUGCGCACUAUUGAACUGAGGAAAAGGAAAUUAGAGUCAGUGGCGGUGGAGGGUGAUAUGGAUAUGGUUAUUGCUAAGCUGACUGAUCAAGCAAGAAAUUGUAAUAUUCAGCGAUUCCAUAAUGCAAUCAAAAUUAAGAACCUACUUCUUGAGGCAAUUGGUUAUAGACGGAGUUAUGCUGAAAAACAUUUGGCUACUCUUGACUUUGAUGCUAAGAUUAGGGAGUCGGAGGCCAGUUUGAAGCAGCACGAGAAGCUUGGUUUGCAAGCAUCCUUACACUUUGAAUCCUGCAAGAAGGAGACUGAGAAUUGUCGACAGCUGCUUUCAGAAUGUUUGAGGCGUGCUGAAUCAAUUGCUCCCAUCACUCCAGAUCUUGAGAAGGAAUUUCUUGAGAUGCCCACUACUAUUGAGGAUUUGGAAGCUGCAAUCCAAGACACCACUUCCCAAGCCAAUUCUAUACUUUUUGUCAAUCAUAAUGUGUUGGAACAAUAUGAGAACCGUGAACGUCAGAUAGGGGCUUUAGCUGCAAAACUUGAAGAAGAUAAAAAGGAAGUAAGUAGGUGUCUGGCUGAAGUAGACACCCUAAAGGGGACAUGGCUUCCAACGUUGAGGAACCUUGUGGCCCAGAUAAAUGAAACCUUCAGUCGUAAUUUCGAGGAGAUGGCUGUUGCAGGAGAAGUUUCACUUGAUGAGCGUGAUGUGGACUUUGAUCAGUUUGGGAUACUCAUAAAAGUGAAGUUCAGACCAACAGGACAGCUUCAAGUUCUGAGUGCCCACCAUCAGUCUGGAGGGGAGCGAUCAGUUUCUACUAUUCUUUAUCUUGUUUCUCUUCAAGAUCUUACCAACUGCCCAUUUAGAGUGGUUGAUGAGAUUAAUCAAGGCAUGGACCCAAUAAAUGAAAGGAAAAUGUUCCAGCAACUAGUGAGAGCUGCCAGCCAGCCAAAUACACCACAAUGUUUUUUGCUUACCCCAAAGUUGCUACCGGAUCUGGAAUACAGCGAAGUGUGCAGUAUUUUAAAUGUAAUGAAUGGGCCUUGGAUUGAGAAAGUCUCGGAAGUUUGGGGUGAAGGUGAUCGAUGGGGGAAAAUUGCAGGGUUGAUGUUAGAGAAUCAAAGCUGAGAGAAGUCUAAGCGUACUUCUCAUUGGUCAUGGCUUCUGUUUAAUAUCUUUAAUCUUUUGUAUUGAAACGACCGUGCUUUUGGCUCAUUGAUCCAUUAGGAAUAUUUAAUUUUGUAUGUAAUUUUCAUCUUUGAUCAAAUGGCACAACCCUUUGUAAAUAUUGAAUUUCAAAUAUAAUCCAAGUGCUAACAGGUUUUGGGGGAAUA